UUCUCGGAGCGUCAGGUUCUCCAUAUCGGGGGGAUGUGUCGUCGCUCCGCGUCUCCUGGCGAACCACGUGCGCAGCGGUGACAGCUCGUCCUGCGCGACGUAACGACACGGGCGGGGAGGGGGCGUCCUCGGCCUCGCGGCGAAAGACUCGUCGCGAGAUGUGACUCGAUACUUCGGAGUUCGACGAGUCCCCUCGCGCAUUAUUUCGCUUUUGGCGAGAUCGAGACUGAUGCGUGCACGCGUAAAAGAAACACUUUUACGAAGAAGCGAAAUUUAUGAAAGCUCGCCUGACAGCAGUGCGUCGAUUUUGAUUGAUUUACCGAUUUAGUGGGUUUUCAUGAACGAUAUAACAUGUUGAAAUGUCAUAUUAAUUCAGUGAUCUGAUAAUGGGGGAAUCGUCACGACAAAUCCAACUGGAGCUCCCCAAAAUUUUCAAUAUCGCGCGGCAUGCACCCUCCAUAAGAACUGAAAUCGAAUCUGAAAUACGUGGAAUAUACAAUUUUUAACGAAUUUCGCAAAGUGUCACUUUUUUAAAUGCUCGACGCGAACACGAAUAAAAGAGGAAAUCGACGCUGCGCACGCUGUUCCGGAAGCGUGGACGAAAGGAUUGAGUGACAUUUAGCGCUAGCGAGAGCACGAACAAAUUAAGUGAAGACUCUCUGGUGCUGCAGCUUGUCGCGCUUUUUCGCAGUCGAGUGGCGUUUAGUCGUAAUUCGAUUCCAUCGGGAUAACGGUACAAUCGAACAAAUAUAUCGUUCGCGUGGACGUACGUCUUCUCCGCGAAUGAUCGAACGACGUUGGAUUUAAUUAUUAUUAUUAUUUGCGACAGUUAGCGAACAUUCGCAAACGUUAAUUAGUGCUACGCGCCAAAAAUCAACGAGGGACCGGAGCAGAAACAGUGACGCGUAUCGCUGCACGAGCAAAGGAAAGAUGACAUUCAAGUUUCGUUGAAAUUUCCAAUCGUGACGAAAAAAAGUGUAUCGACGAGCGUGUCGAAGGCGAAAUCCGUCGCAUUGAUAUAACGACACAACAGAACGAAGGAACUGGAGGGGCAUGGUGGGCCCCCCUCUGCCAGGGCCUCAGGCCCGGGUGGCCUCUCUGUGAAAAGAAAUCUUCCUUCAAUCACGUCGUUUCUGCGACAUUAGACUGCCUGGAAUGAUGCAGCCGAAAUUCCUCAAGAGGACGACCGAGGAGUUGGAGUCAGCAGGUGGUGCUAGUGGCGAUGGCGGCUUCGGCGAGCCGCCGGUCAAGCUGCAAUGCACGCAGGGGCAGCAUCAGCAUCAGCAGGGUCCGGGCGGCGGUGGUGGUGGCGGACCUCAUCACGGUCAUGGCCAGCAUCAGCCGGGGAACGGCGCGAACUCAACGGGCCCGGCGCCCGGUGGCGGUGGCGGUGGUGACGGGAACGAAGGUCUCACCAAGUUCCAGGUGCAGAUCGUGCAGCAGCUGGAGUUCACGACCUCGGCGGCGAAUAACUCGCAGGCCCAGGCGAUCUCUACGAACGUAACGGUGAAAGCGCUGACAAACGCGUCGGUGAAGAGUGAUCUUUUAAAUUCGUCCUCAUCGCCGAAACCCGGUCCAGACACGUCAGCAUCUGCCGCGUCUAGACCGCAGCCCGGAAAUGGAAGCGGUCCGGGAGGUCCUGGCGGGCCCGGCGCAGGUGGUGGUGGCGCCGGUAGCGCCGGUGGUACCGGCGGAAUCGGUUGCGUCGACAUCGGUAACCUAGUCGAAUGCAAACAAGAACCCGAUAACGAGUUCGUGGAUCUGGAACAGUGCGCCGCGGCACUGGAAAAGGACGCCGCGGCGAACGGUACCGGAUUCCCCGGUUUUUCCGAGUUCAUGGAGGAUACCGGCGACGAGAUCAUUACGUCGGACGCGUUCAAGGACCUCAUCUCCGAGAUAUCGGACUUCCAUCCGGAGUUUAUGAAGGACUUCGACUUUGAGGACAAGAGCGUUGACACGCUGGCGAACAAUGCCGCGGCAGCGGCCGCGGCCGCAGCUGCCGCUGCCGCCGCCAAUAACAAUAAUAACAGUGGCAACAACAAUAACGGGUUGCCGACGAAUAACGGGCAGAUCAAGAUCGAAGACGAUAAAGAUGCGAUCCAUCAGCAGCAGCAACAGCAGCAGCACGCCAACGGCGCGAACAACAGCGUCAACAGCAACAAUGUCGGCAAUAACAAUGGUAACGCGAUGCCGGCUAACUCGAGCCCGGGCGCUCUCGGCUCCUCGCAGUAUUCGCCCGCUCGACUUCCUUACUCCGGGCUGGAUUUCAAAUCUGAGAGCCCGGCGGCGCAGACGCUCAAGCAGAUGGCCGAGCAGCAUCAGCACAAGAGUCAGCAACUGGGCCUGGGUGGAUUCAACCCUGCGGCGGCCGCAGCGGCCGCCGCGGCGCGGGGCCCGGCGACGAGGUCCCCUUACGCCGAGUUUUCUCAAUUCGGUGGCGCUUCCGAUUACCUCGGUAGUCCCGGCAGCACCGGCCCGACCGGUGGACAGAACCAGGCGACGGCCACGGGGACCGGCUCGUAUCACAAGAACAAUGGCACUCCGACCUUCCAGAGUCAGCAGACCAACGAUAUGUUUGUCAGCUCGCAGACCCAAUUCGCCGCGGGCCUCACAGAUAUGAAGAGGCCCCAGCCGACCGCGACGGGUGGCAAGCCCGGCAUGCUGGGGCCCAGCGGCGGUUACAAGCAACAAUACUCGCCGUAUGGCAGCCCGGGUUCGAUGCCGAAUCACGGUAGCCCGGGUUACCCGCUGCCACCGAGAGGAUCGCAGGGUGGUGGACCUAACCCGACCGGUUCGCAAGGACCCUUCAACACGACUUCCACGCCGCCGAGACCUCCUUCGGGAUCCGGUACUUCGACUUUGCAGAUCAAUCAGGCUCAGCAGCUGCACAUUGGAAACCAGAUUCAGGUGUCGGCGGGCCAGCAUAUGCAGCUCACGGGCGACCUGAAGCCGGUUGUGUCUGUCGCGGCGCAGCAGGGCAUGUACUUCAAUCAGCAACAGACGCAGAAUCAAGCCGGGCCGUCGGCUAAUCAGGCCGACACCUACUGCUCGGUCUCGCAGUCCCAGACCAUCAAUUUCACUCAGCAGAGUCUGAGGCAGCGGGCGGCGGCCGCGGCCGCCGGCGGAGUGCCGCAGCCGGGCCCUGCCGGCCCAGGGACGCGGGGCCAUCCGCAGCAGGUGCCACCGGGCCAGGUCGAUCAGCAUCAGCACGCAAAGCUUCUCCAGCAGCAGCAGCAGCAAUUGAUGCGCGCGCAACAGGUGAUGCAGCAGCAACAGCAUAUGACGGGUGGAAUGGGAAGUGUAAGGCCGCCACCGCCCGAAUACAAGGCCGCGGCUCAGGCACAGAUGAUGCACGCCAGUAUCGGUAUGGGUCAGCAAGCGAGGUUCGCCAAUGCCGGACCCAUGCGCAGAGUUACGCAACAACCUAUGCCGCCGUCGGGUCCGAUGAUGAGGCCGCAAAUGGCGCAACAGCAGCAGCAGCAGGCGUUACAUGCAGCCGGUGGUAAUAUGUACAUGGGCGGCGGCGGAAUGGCCGCCAUCGGCGGGAUGCAUCAGAUGCACCAGCGGCUAGGCUACCCGAGAACCAACAAUCAACGGCCGCCCAACGUUAGCGUCGGCCCUCCGGACGGCCUUGGGAACAGCAUCGCGGGUCGCGGCGCCCAGCAGGAGUGGCGACACGUUUUGAUGCAACAGCAGCAAGGCUUUCAGGCGCAAAUGCGCUCACAAUUCAACCAGCAAGGUCACCAAGGUGCUUUCGGCUUGGGUGGCGCGGGCGGCACAAUGCAAAUGACCGCGGCGCAGAUGCAACAUCAACAAUUAAUCCGCUCGCAAAACGGCGGUCUAGCCGGCUCGGGGAUGGCCAACAGCACGCAGAUGCAGCAGCUGUUGACACAACAGCACCAACAGCAAACGCUGGCCAUGCAACAGAACAACAAUCAGAUGUCGUUGCAGAUGCAAAUGUCACAGACAACAUCCGUAAAUUCGGUCAACGUUACCGGAACCGGUUCUCCCUUGCAUCCACAUCAGCAGUAUGGCGGAGGCAGUCCGGGAGUGCGCAGUCUACCACCACCGCAGCAGCACACUCAGCCGCCGCCACCAGCCGCAACUACGGAUCCGUCCGUGGCCCCUGACUUUACUCUCGAAUUCCUGGAGAACCUUCCUCCGGGAGACACGUCGAACUUCAGCGCCCAAGAGCUGCUUAAUUCUCUCGACUCCGGUUUUAAUCUCGAUGCGAUGAUGUAAUGGGACCACGCCUGCUGUGUGGUCGGUUCAGAUGUCGGUGUCUGGCGGUAUGCCGGUUUUACUAGGAAUGGCUGACGAGUGAGACCGACCGUCCCCCUAAAGUAUAUACUUAGCGCGACGAUACCGACGAAUUUCUUUUCGUCCGUCCGCGUAUCGACCUGCCUUUCCGUGAUUUCCCUCAUUGUAUCAGUCGAAUCGAUUCCUUUGUCAGUACCUUUUUGGAAGAGAGCGUCGACCCGAAUGUCCUUUUUCGACCUUCGAAUCUUAUGAGAGUUCUAAACGGAACGAUCGAUGAAAAUAGUAAUAUAAUAAAGAAAUUUGCUGACUCUUUUGAACUCGAUGCUGAAGGAACGGACGCAGGUUGGUGAUAUGCAGGUACUUUGUUAUAUUUGAGAACAGACAAUUGUGAGAGUGACAGUUACCCACCGGUGCGACAACGUCCCACAGCCGGUCGUAGUGCAUUCUCGGUCACCGCUUCCGCGGCCGCCGACUAUUCUUCUAGGCAAUCACAUUUUAGUAAAAUUUAAUUUUGUAAUAAUAACCGCCGAAGGGCGAGGGAGUUUAGCCCGUGGUGACGUGGUAGCGUGGGAUAUCAAGAGGUACGUGGAAAUCGUUCUAUCUCUCGUUUUCUUGUCGGGCAACGAUGCCGCACUUUGAAGGAGGACAAAACCUCGCGAGAGACCGCGGUUCCUAUUUUCUUUUCAAGUUCGCCCACGGCCGGCUAAUAUCGAGAACGAUCGAUAAAUUUUCGAGUGCUCGCGUCGACGACUUCGACGAAACUGCGAUGACUUCGACGGGCAUUCCGCAAGACGAUUCUCCUCUCUCUUGAUUUUUCACGUCGAAAUCCGCGCGAGUAGAUAGAGAUAUUGAUACGAAGGCCGCGAUUAGGGUUUACUCGACUGAACCUAUAUUCGGCCGGCAAAAACUGGUUACCUUGCGCUGGCUCGUUGUUGGAACACCUCCAAGAUUUCUGGAUCGACGAGCUCGGCCGGGCGUUAAUACUUUAUAAGGAUAAUAAUGUAACAAUGUAACGAUUAUAUUAUAUUAUUAUAUUAUAAUAACGUAAUCAUAUAUCGUUAUAUUAUUACAUUAUUAUAUGGAAAUAAUAAUGUAGUAACGUAACGAUUAGAAGGUAGCGUAUUUAAUUAUGCCAUUAACGGCAUAUUUACAAUUAACAGCAAGUCAAUUAUCAAACAUUCAAUUCAUUUUUAUGAGUUUGCGUCGCGCGACGUGAAAAAUCGCGCACGCUGAUCUGAUCGGGUCCGUACAUCGGAAGAUUCUUACGAUAAGAAGGAUGAGAAAAAGAACUUCCUCCUAAACUGCAUUGUUAGCGCUAAUACAAGGAUAAAAGAAUUCGUCAUUGUACAUAGAUAUUAAAAAACUAGAAGAAUUUUGAGGCGUUAAGGUCGCACAGUUUAGCCGAUUACAUAAGAAUAAGGAACCUAAAAUAUAUAGAUAAAUAUUAUGAUGAUAAUAGUGAUUAACGACGAUGGUAAUAUGCAAGUGGAGACGCGUGCACGAAGAAAUUAUGCGCGGCUGAGAGGGAGCGUGUGAUAAAAGACGUGAAAACGAAUGUAUCAGCCGACAGAGCACAUUUGUCGAUCGGUAUAUAUAUUUAUUAAGUUUCAAUACCGAAUGUGCUGUGUCGCGCUAUGUCGAAGCUGCACACAAAAUAAUCACGGUGAGGUAGAUUCCAUUUUCGACGCGGCGAACUACUCGUAUUUUCUAAAAGGGGCAAUCGUUUCUCGGGAAUUCGCGCGGAGUGUAUCGUCGAAAUAUAUUCACCAUUCUGUUCUUUUUUUUAUUUAUUUCGUCAAACGGUGACCUCUUAUACUUUAUUCCGGAUUUUUAAGAAAUCAUGAAUAACGAACAAAAUCUCAAAGUUUACGCUUUGUGUUCGUAUGUAUUCGAAACUGUUAACGAUGUAUAACAAAUCGCAAUGUAGUUCGAUGCUACAAGGGAGGCAGAGAGAGAGAGAGAGAGAGAGAGAGAGAAAAAGGAAUCUUUGACUAUUCUUCCAUAGCGAUACAUUCCAUAGAUAACAAAAAGAUAGCGAUCUGUGGUUCGUCUAAUCAAAAGUACUGUUUUUAAAAGGAAAAAAAGAAUACACGACAGAAAGGAAUAUUAAUGUUAUAAUAUAAGAGAAGCAGAUAUUGAAUCCCGCGCUUAUAUGUACAUUCGCAGAAGAGCACAUCCUCGACCGUUCGCCGAAAGUGUGCACGAAGACUUCCGAUCGAAUUUUAUUGUCGCUUGUCCGCGACUCUGCUAGAAAUUAGCGAGUCCCGCGCCAAGUGGAUUAGAAGAUAAUAAUACUAAUAAUAAUAAUCAUUUUUUAAAUUUCUCUCAAUCGGGUGGGGUGACACUAUCUUGUAAAAUAUUGGGGCCACAAAAUAUAAUCUAAAAAAAGGGGGGGAAAGAAGAAAAAGAAGAAGAUUAGAGGUCUGAUUCUCACGUCAAUACCUUUGUAAAAUCUUUGAGAAAAAUCGACGAAAAUCUAUUAUAUUGGUUUGUCCGUUUUGUACGUUUUACGCGAGCGAGGGGAGGGGAGGGAAGAAAAGAGAAGAGCGAGGAGGUAGAAUUGCGCAUUGUUAUAGGAAAGAGCAUCAGGGACCAACCGAGAGAGCAAAGUGCGUGAUGUCGAUUGUCACAGUGGAUCGUUGUCUCUCUUUUUUGAACGGAUUGCGGAGAAGGAAGCAAUGUGCCUAACAAAAAAAAAAAAAAAAAAAAAACAAUUUGAGCCGUUUGUUACCGACUUGUUAGAAAAUUAGCCACACGGUGUCAACAUUGUACGAGGUUUUGCGCAAAGGGAACCUACGCACGUACGCAUAGACAGGACAGGUAAUCGCGAUGCUGCAUCGUUGAAAACGUUGAUUUUUUCACACUGUCGACAGUCGAUCGUGAAAGGAGGGAAUCGAGGCGAAAGUUGCGACGUGUUAAUUUCUCGAGGGUGACCUUGGUUGGGACGCAUAUAUAUCGUAUUAUUUAUAAAUAAUAUUUAUAAAAGAAACAUUAUAUAAAACGGGCAUUUCGUAUAUAGGAUAAAUUCCAUGUUGAAUUGUUAUUAAUAAAAAGCGUUGAGUUUCUACAAAGAUAUAUAUAUCUCUUCACCGAAACUUUUCGAACUUUUCCAAAAUCUCCGUCUCGUCAGUGACGUCACGUUGCCGUCAGUAACGACGCGUUAUCGGAAACUCCAUGAUUAGCCGAACGAGAUAAAUUCGAUCCGUUUCGCCACGGAAAAUCCCAGAGACGAUAAACCAUCGGCGGCUUAUCGCGUAUCGAUCCGUCCGAAAAUUAAUGCGCGUUAUCCGGCACGUUAUCCCGCCGCCAAUAACGCGAGCGUUUCGCGAUCGGCGUGCAACGCGAUACUUUCUACUACGCAUCCCUGCUUUAUCUCUUUCCCAAUAUAUCUCGUUACUAUACCCCCUUCCCCCCCCCUCCGCAAGAAUUGGAAUCGGGAUUUUCGUUUGCCGGCCGCAUACGUCUUUCCUUUUGCGGCUUAUAAAAAAAAAACGAUCCCAAAUUUUGUUUCAUUUUCUUUCAUUUUCUUACGGCACUGUUCCGUUCCAUACGAAAAAUCGUCGGGCGAAACAGGGGGUUGAUAACUCUUAACGACAGUUUCAUUAUCGUUUAUUUGCGUUGCGCAGAUAUUAUAUACGGUAGAAAAAGACUGCGCAACGACAAUAUAACGAUAACAAAACUAUCGUUGAGAGUUACGGAAUAGGCUCACAGGGGUUUAGGUCAAAUUCGCGCGUCUCCAUCUGCGAUACGGUUUUAUACUAGGUCGAAUGGCAGCCUAAUGUUGCUGCUCGUGGGUGGGCCUCGCGGCAGGAGGAUCAAUAUCAUCGUGAGGGAGAGAAAACGAGCAGGCUGAGAAUGGGAGCAAGGGGGUAGGUAGGUAGGAGCCGCCGCCGCCGCCACCGCCGCUGCGAUGAGGGAUAAGGAUUACAAGGGCGGCGGCGACGGUGACGGCGGGGGAAAGAGAUAGCUUGGCGAGAAUCGCGUACCCCGAAAAUGUCAAUUCGCCGUCCCGGCUCCUCGCGGAAUUGCGAUCGUGAUAAGGUAAUUGCUCCACGUACGUGCUCGGCCCUGUUCAAUUUCGUACAUCCCGGAACUUGCGCGUUUUGUCGUCGCCAUCGUCGUCAUCGUCGUCCGCUCCGAGACGAGUUUCGAUCAUUCUCACCCGUUCGCACCUGUUUGAUCCCGUCCUGUUUAAUCGCGUCAAUAUCGUCCCGGAUUCCCGAAUUACAUUUCAGCGACGAAGCGCGCGGAAGCGUCGACCUCGACGAAGCGUGUCCGAAAAUGGUUCCCCGGAAGUCGUUAGCGCUUAGUCGUUUAGAUACCUAUGGCUCGUCACUCGUUUCGUUCGUUCGAAUCUGCUGCGGGCGUCUCGCACGAGCUACGUUUUUAUCGAUCCAAAGCGGUGCGCGAGCAGAACAACGAUCCACUGGCCGACGACGCCGCAUUCGCGCGUUUCCUCGCGACAAUGCUCCGACAUGAUGACGACGGGUUCGAGCCACUCGCGAAAAUCCUCUAUUGUCAAACGCGAUAUCAAUUACCGCGUUGACCUUUCGCGACGCAACGGCGCGGGGCGCACGAAUGAGGGAUAAUGCUCGCGGUGUCGUGGAGAACCUUCGAUCUCGAUAAUAAGCGUUUAAACAAACGCGUCUUUUAGACAUCGUAUCAUAAGACGUCUUAAAGAUGUCUUAAACAUACCUUUAAGACGUUUUAUGUCCCGAUUUUGGACAUGUGUGCUGCCUGGGUUAAUACGGGCGGGUUGUUCGGCAUUCGCCUUCUCUUCGUCGGGAAUCCUUUCCUUCCCUCGCAGUCUUCAAUUCUUUUUUUAUCGCGAGAAACGACGAAGGAGAGAGAAGUUCAUCCUGAAACGAGAGAAGACUGUCGUAAGACGGUCUGCCGAAAAUUUAGAUAUCAAUUAACCACCGCGAGGGACAUUUAGUGGGAUCAGUAUUUCUACGCGAAAUGGUUUUGAUAUACAUAUAUAUAUAAAACAAAAAGAGAGGAGGAGGAGGAGAGAAGUGAGUUUAGGCGAUUAUCGAUGAAGAGGCCACGCGCGACGAUGACGCGCGGCGCAUCGGUUUCUUUUCCUUCGUCGCUGUAAAUACGUAGACACGGGAAAAGAGAGAAGUAGAUAGAACGUGUAAUAACGGAAAGCGGACGCGAAACGGACCGGCCGCGGCCGGGCGGUUUUCGUUUCGGCGUCACAUUGCGAUGAUCGACGAUCGCGCGGGCUAAUCUCGGAUGCAUUCGGAGGCGAGAAUGAUCGAGAGAGCGGGAUCGCUUUCGAAGGGCAAGACGGAUCGCGAUGCACCGAGAAUCAGGGCGCGCGGCAUUUCGCGGUAGGAUACGACGGUUCUCCGAAUUGUUACACAGAAAAAAAAGAAUGUUCUUGAUUUGAAAAUAUCUUUAGUUUCAACGUGGAAAUCUUGAAAUGAGAUUAUAU